UGCUGUUCAUGUGUAACGCGGCGAGACAUUUAUCUAUUUGUUGUUUUAUCGACGAACGUGUGGGUGGAAUUGUGCCAUAUAUUGUGGAGCUUUAAAUAAAGCAGCUUUUCUCGAAUAGUUAGAAACUUAUUUUAGGUCAGUUGCUGUCAAAUAUUUGCAGUCAAUUUGCAGUCAAAAAUUACUUCAGGAACACUGACGUUGUCGUUCAACCAGUUUAACAGCAGUUGCAGCCGAUCAACCAUUUGUUAAACCGCCCGCUUGAUUCAUCGAUCGCAGCGCCACUAUGUCUACGGAGGAAAUAAAUGGGCCAACGGAACGCACUGAACUGGAGCAGCUCCAGCACCAAGCUAACACAACUACAGAUGAGUCUCUGGAAUCCACCAGGCGGAUGAUGACAUUAUGUGAAGAGAGUAAAGAAGCAGGAAUUCGAACUCUGGUGGCCCUAGACGAUCAAGGAGAACAACUGGAUAGGAUCGAAGAAGAUAUGGAUAAGAUCAAUGCCGACAUGAAAGAGGCGGAGAAAAAUUUGACUGGCAUGGAGAAGUGUUGUGGCAUAUGUGUUUGUCCUUGCAACAAGUCCAAAGAGUUCAAGGAAGAUCCAAGCACAUGGAAGGGCAAUGAAGAUGGGAAAAUAGUUGGAAAUCAACCAGCAAGAGUUAUGGACGACCGAAACGGGGCUGGACCGAUGGGAGGUUACAUUGCCAAGAUAACCAACGAUGCUCACGAGGAAGAAAUGGAAGAGAACAUGCAGCAGGUGAACACGAUGGUUGGAAAUUUGCGUAACAUGGCCAUCGAUAUGGGAAGUGAAAUCGAAUCUCAGAACAAGCAGCUGGACAGGAUCAACCAGAAGGCAACAUCGAACGAGUCACGAAUCACAGUAGCCAAUCAGAGAGCUACCAAGCUACUCAAGGAUUAAGAGAAUUGCUAUUAGGGUGUGACUUCAGAGCAACUGGGUCUGCAGCUUUCUGUGAGGCUUGUGACUUUAGGAAGAAAAACAGUCUGGUUCGUCACAGGUCCGACUUCAGCCCUGUAAAUUGUCUUUCCUCAGUUUUUACUUUAUUGUAUCCAAGCAUCAAACUCCACUUGCUGUGUUCUGUGUAGCUUUUAAUAACCUUGGCAGUCGACUCAACCUCUUUUGCAUUGAUCCUAGUAUUUCUUCAACUCCGCCUUAUUUUCCUCGUAAACGUAGCAGUCAUUGUACUUUGAACUUGGAAACGAUUUCGAAUACUUUAGUUCUUGUAAACGUUAAAAUUAACCACUUUCUGGCUCCUUUCAAGUUUUUAACCAAAUGAUUUAUUGCUAGUUUGUAAAAUUCAUCGUGAUUGAUUUAUAUUUCACACUAUUACAUAACUUCAACAUUUUUCUUCAAUCUUGUAUGUGCAUGCGGUGUUAACUUUUCGCAUUUUAUUUCUUUUUUAUACUUUUUAAGAUAAUUUUAUUUCCAUUAAAUUUAUAUUGCUUAAAAAACGAGGGUGAGAGGCUUGUAAAGCUAAAUCCUUGGAAAGUAGUAACUAUCACGCUAUGUGAAAAAAUUAACAUUUUAUCUCAUUCGAGAUCCUUCCUUUCUAACUGUUAUUGCCAAACGUAUUGUGAUCAGUAAUGUUGCUAUACAUUCCACAUUAUUCAGUGUUACUAUUCCAUCCUGGAAUACGAAACAUGAGAAUCGAAAGCCUAAUUAAAUGUUGCCUCGACUUAGUGAUAGAUGCUCGAACGAACUUCACAACAAUUAGCUCAAACCAAUUUCUUUCAUUAAUGCGUGGUCUUUUUUGAGUCAUGUCACUGAAACAUUCGUUUGACGGUAAACAAUUAUAUAUACCUAUAAUCAAAGUUCUUUAAUGCCUAGUUGUAGUUUAUGUUACAUCGGGGGACUUGGCUUAAAAUGUCAAAUAACGAGCCGAUUGUUUUUAAGGCUGAAUUCUUUACAUUCCAUAAAAAUGUUUUAAUUAAUUAUUACAGAUAUCUCGCAUUGCAAUAAUAUGUAUUAUCUCAUCAACGUUUUAAAAAGUGUAAUAUUGUUUCAUUAUCAUAAGUUAUUUUGUCUAAAGUGAUUAUUGUUCACGAUACUGUAUCAAAUACAAUCUUAAUAAUUUUUUCUUACGUAAUGUCCACUGAGCUGUACUGCUACAGAAUGUAUACAGCGCGUUUAGAGAGUAAUCAUUAUUCAGGAUACUGUAUCAAAUAAUGUCUAGAUAAUUUGUCUAUUAAGUAACAUGCACUGAGCUGUACUGCUACAGAAUGUAUAUAGCGUGCUUGGUAUUAAAAAAGUGAUUAUGGUUCAGGAAACUGUAUCAAACAUAAUCUAAUAAUUUGUUUCGUAAGUAACAACGAUUGAGCUGUACUGCUACAGAAUGUAUAUAGCGUGCUUGGUAUUAAAAAGUUAUUAUGGUUCAGGAAACUGUAUCAAACAUAAUCUAAUAAUUUGUUUCGUAAGUAACAACGAUUGAGCUGUACUGUUACAGAAUGUAUAUAGCGUGCUUGGUAUUAAAAAAGUGAUUAUGGUUCAGGAAACUGUAUCAAACAUAAUCUAAUAAUUUGUUUCGUAAGUAACAACGAUUGAGCUGUACUGUUACAGAAUGUAUAUAGCGUGCUUGGUAUUAAAAAAGUGAUUAUGGUUCAGGAAACUGUAUCAAACAUAAUCUAAUAAUUUGUUUCGUAAGUAACAACGAUUGAGCUGUACUGUUACAGAAUGUAUACAAUGUAUUUAGAAAAUGAUUACUGUUCAGUAGCUGUAUCAAAUACGUCCUAGAUAAUUUGUUUCUUUUAUAAUAAACACUGAGCUGUAUAGCUAUAUAAUGUAUACAGAGUGUUUAGUGUUUAAAAAGUGUUCUUUAUGUUGUUGAGAAACAGAACCAACACAUUGGUAUACUAAGACUUUACAUCUGUUUCAUUUUACUCUUGAUAGAAGAAAUUGGUACUUCACAACGAUUUUUGUUCAUCAAAUCAAAAAUUGUAUUUGUAUUUUGUUGUUGUUUUAUAUGUAAUGUAGGUGUCGUUGGUUAUCGUUCAUGUAACGUCUAUGUAAGAUUUUAUGUCAUCUGUUACAAAUGUUUCAGACAAAAUUGAAUCUUAUACUCAAGUUUCUUAAUAACAUCUUGAAAUGUGAAUGUUUAAUUCAUUAGGAUACAGUUUAAAAUAGAAUAAUUUAUAAAUUAUUGAACUUUUAUGGGAGAAGACCUGGUUAUCCAAAGAGUUAGGUUACAGUUGGUGGGUGGGUUUUCAUUUGAGUUUAUUUCUGUUGUUUGUAUUUAAUAAUGUUCCGAUAAAGAUAACUUGAGAUAAUUAGUUUUUGUACUUGAAGCAGAUCAUUCUGAACUAGCAUAUUUUGAUCCUAGAAACAAAGUAAAAAAAAUAAGAAACAUAAAGCACUAAAUGUGUACUGUCAAUUUCUUUAGAUAAACAAACUUGUGAAAAAAAAACUGAAUUGCAAGUUUUUGUACUUCCCUAGAAAUGAACCUGAAUAUUUUACAUGACAUUUACUGCAGCACUACUGAAUUGUUAUAACUUGGCGAUUUAUGCAUUACAAAUAUAUAUAAACGACCUAUGAAAGAAAAAACAAGAUCUAGAAUAAUGUGUGCUUUAUGAUAAUACUACUAUAACAAGCCAAAAUGACUUAUAAGAAAUUUGAGAAGUUACGACAGAAAGAGACUGAAUUCAAAAUGGUGAGAUAAACAUUUUCUAUAUUUGAAAAUUUGGAACCAAAUCUACAAUGCUGAGAAGAAACAUGCUGAACUCAAAUAUACAUAAGCGGUUCCUCCGUACCAGUCCAUAGAAACAUCCAGUGAAAAAAAAAAAGGAAAGAAAAAGUUUUGUGAAAUAUUCGAAUUAGGAAUAGGUGAAAAGUCUGUUUCAUUAAGUAAACCUCAUAACUUCCGCGUAUAGUUUCUCGAAGGUGAAUUAUGAAACAACGUUAUAGGCCUAUAGAUUCUUACCAGUCCGUAAGAUUUGUUAUUAUAAUGUUGAGGUUCGUGGAGUGAAAUGUUUUGGUUCUGGAAAGAUGGUGCCGAUCUAUGGUGUCAAAAGUUUGGGUCUUGUAAAGAUGUUGCCAGGCAGUUAGAUUAAAAGGCUGAGUUUUAUAAAGGUAUUUUCGGUCCGUGGAGUGAAAAGGUCGGGUUUUGUAAAGGUAUUGCUAGUCACUAUAGUGAAAAAGCUAAGAAUCACUGGUUUAUUUUACUGUCUACAAGUAGUACUUGAUAUAUACUAGUUAUAGUGUCUGAAAUUAAAAAUACACUGUUGAGGAAAGCACGUUACGUCUUAAUGUGUGACAUUAAAAAUACACUGUUGAGGAAAGCACUUUGUUCUUAAUGUGUGACAUUAAAAAUACACUGUUGAGGAAAGCACUUUGUUCUUAAUGUGUGACAUUAAAAAUACACUGUUGAGGAAAGCACGUUACGUCUUAGUGUGUGGAAUAAAAUAUAUACUGUUGAGAAAUACAAGUUUGUUUUUAACGUCUGAAAUAAAAUAGCACACUGCUGAAAUAGGUACGUUUGAUCUGUUUGGAAUAAUAUAUGUAUAUGUAUAUAUAUAUAUAUAUAUAGUAUUGAGGUAUAUACGUUUGUUCUCAGUGUCUGAAAUAAAAAGUACUCUGAAAUUGAUAUAUUUGUUCUACAUGUCUCAAGUUAAUUAUAUUUAAGGAACAAACCAAGAAAAUACCUAGAAAAUACAUAGAAUUUAAGUUGUUUCGCAGCAUCCAAUGUAACUAAGUGUUGUUUUUUUCUCUUUCUUUUUUCUUGAGCCAACAGGUUUUAUUCUUAAUGUAUAUUAUGAUGGCAAACAGAACCGUUUCUUCUCAGUGUCUGAAAUUAAAUGUAUAGAAGUGCUUUAUUAUUGUACAAAGAUAUUUAGUGUUUAUAACGCAAUUUUUCAAACUGGAGGUUUGACAUGACUUACGUAUAACCAGAGGUGUUCUUUCAGCUAAAGAUUUUACGACUGAUUCCUUUAACCAGAGAUAUUACACAAUUUAAAUACUUUAACAAAAGAAGUUUUGCAAUUUAUUUCUUCCAGUGAGAGAUGUCUUAUAACUUGUUCCCUCUAACCAAAGAUUCCGCAUUAUUAGAUGUUCUAUGGAGAGAUUUCGCGGGGUUUGAUGUUUCUAGAAUGAAACCUGACAUGAUUCGACCAUUCGAAUUGGAGAUAUCACACGAUUUAAUUUGUCAACGGAUACUACGUAAUGUAUGUCCUUUAGUACAGGUUUCGCAUGAUUUGAUAAUCUUCGUAAAGUAGAGCCGUAUUACAAUUGGUUCUACGUAAAAUUCGACAAGAGAGAUACUUGCAAGUAUCUAGAAAAUAUUACGUACUUAAUGAUAUAAAUAACUAAAAAAUCAGUAGUGCCGUAUUGAACUAACGUAAAUAUAUUUAAAAAAUCAGUAGUGCCGUAUUGAAUUAACGUAAAUAUAUUUUUGUUUUCUUCUAAAUAUGAAGUCAAUGAAAAUAAAAAAUAUGUACUGAUGCUCAUUUCCAUAUUUGCACAAUUUAUACGCGCAAGAAGGAAUGAAAUGAGGCUUUUGUGUUAAAAACUAUAUGAUUUAUACCUAUUUUUGUGUCUGUAUGUCUGUUUGUUCAUGGUGAAAAGUUUCCAUCUUCGCGACUUCUGAUCAUCACGAAACUUUCAGGGGUUCUUGGGCAGAUUCCAAAGGGAUUCUAAAAUCCCUUACCUUAUUCAUUUUCUUAUUAUUGAGAGCUUGUCAGUUAUUUUAAUCUCUCCACUCCCAUCCUACUUCUGUCUUGUUGCAAGCGAUUGAUACUAUGCACGCCAUCUUCAGUAAACCAAUGAAAAAUAUGCUAUGCUUAUCUCGGGUACCUUUGCUAGCAUUACUAAGGUUCCCUGAUUCUCUAAUGAUGUAUCUGUUACAUGUUCCACACGCAAAACAAUACAUGGUAAUGCCUGAAUAACAACAAAAAUGUAAAACGAUAUCUAAUAAUACCUGUUUACCUCCAAAAAUGCAGAACAGUAUCUGAUAAUAAUGCCAAAUUAACUACCGGAUUGUAGAACAGUUCCUGCUAAUAAUGCCUGAAAAACUACCAGAACGUGGAACAGUGAUUGAUAACAAUGUAUGAAUGGCUAGUGAAAUGUAGAAUAGUAUCUGAUAAUAUGUGAUUAUCCACUGCAAUGUGGAACAGUAUCUGAUAACAAUUCCUGAAUAACCACCGGGAUGUAGAACCGUGUCUAAUAAUAAUGUCUAUAACUACCGGAAAGAAAUCCAUUCCAUAAUAAUAUCUUAAUUGCCAGUUGAAACGGAGAACGGUAUCCCAUAAUACCUGAUAUCAAAAGGAGUGUAAUAUACUGUAUGAUAAUGUCUGAUUACCUACUGUAUUAUAAUAUAUUGUCUGAUAAUGCCUGAUUACCAACUGUAAUAUAAUAUAUUGUAUGAUAAUGCCUGAUUGCCUACUUUAAUAUAAUAUAUCGUCUGAUAAUGCCUGAUGAAACAGAACAGUAUUCCAUAAUGUCUGAAUAAAGAGAGGAAAGGAGUACAUUGUCUUGUAACGCCUGCUUGUCUAUUAGUGUUGAAAUGCCUUUAAAUUGUUCCUUAAUUCCUUUUAACCCUACACUGACUCUUCAUAAGCAUAAAUGUAGUGUCUGCUCUAUCGUGUAAAAAGUUAUUGAAUUUUUACAUUUUACCACAGAAUGCUAGUAAUUUCAAUUUCAACGUUUUUAUUGAAAUUAACACCGAACUUUUGAAAUUAUGAAUUUUAAUGUACAGAAAUUAUGAGACCGUAUGGUCUCCAAACAACCACUAGAGUGACAGUUAUUGUUUGAGCCUCUUUAUAUACGAUUUAAUGAUUUCUCACUUUGUACCCAAGACGACAAAUAUCAGAGAUAACGACAAAAUAUUCCAAGAGCAUCGUAAUUAACUCACAAACACGGUAUGGCACUCGCAGAGCAAAGUGGGGAAUUGUGAUUGGACGUUAUUUCUUAUGGUCCAGUGACGGACCAAGUUGAAUCAAAGAUCUUUAUCAAUGUUCAGGUCAGCGACGUUAGAGAGGGGGGGGGGUCAGGUGCAAUAAUGACCUUUUCUCCCAUCGCUUGUUUGUUUAAGUUCACAAUAUUUCAUCGGGCACUGUAAACUGUUAAUUUUGUAGACACAUGAGGGCCAGGAUUUGUAUUCGUUUGAAUACCAAGUAGCCCAAACAAAUUGAAAGUCUAAGCUGACUGCGUCAGUAGUAAAGGGAAUUACUGUUUCGUAAUUGGGUUAUUAGCACGCAUGCUCAGUUUGAUUGAAAUCUGCACUUUAAAGCCCGUAGUUCUGCUACUUUGAUUUGAUAAAUAACGUUGAUAAACUCACAUUCAACAAACAGUAUUUGUUGUUCUGUUAUUUUAUAAUCAUUGACACAUCUAGAACGCAGCUAGAGAGACAGAAGGAUCUCAGUCAUUGACAGACUGUUUUGCGGAGUUCCGCAUUUUAAGAAGUAAAAACGAUUUCAAAAUAUCCAAGAAAUCAUUAGCGCUAUUUUUACUCUGGUUCAAUGUUUGUGAAAACUUAAUCAUAUUGUCCACAGGUUUUAUUAUAUAUAUAUGUGUUUUCAAUUAUGAAAAUAUUAUUCAGUGCAAUAAUUACCUAUUAUGUUACGUUUUCUUUCCUUUAGAUAUUAGGUACUCAACAUAAAUAUUGUUAUAUAUGUGUGUUUUCAAUUAUGAAAAUAUUAUUCAGUGCAAUAAUUACCUAUUAUGUUACGUUUUCUUUUCUUUAGAUAUUAGGUACUCAACAUAAAUAUUGUUAUAUAUGUGUGUUUUUAAUUAUGAAAAUAUUACUCAGUGCAAUAAUUACCUAUUAUGUUACGUUUUCUUUUCUUUUGAUAUUAGGUACUCAACAUAAAUAUUGUUAUAUAUGUGUGUUUUCAAUUAUGAAAAUAUUACUCAGUGCAAUAAUUACCUAUUAUGUUACGUUUUCUUUCCUUUUGAUGUUAGGUACUCAACAUAAAUAUUGUUAUAUACGUAUGUGAGUAAAUACUGUAACUAUGCCUGACUUUUAAUCGUUGUUGGACAUUUACGUUAUAUAUGUUGUUAUAAAUAAAUUAUGUAUUGUUUGAUAGAGUUGGGUAGCGAGAAAUUGUGUUGAUUUACUUAAUCGAAUGUCUAACUUAUUGUGUGUUUUAAAUUAUGAAAAUAUUAUUCAGUGCAAUAAUUACCUAUGAGUAAAAUAAUUAACAAUAAUUACUCGUGACCUUAAGUAAGUGUUGGUGAAUUAAUUACUUGGUUUUCUCUCAUGCAUUUUUAGCCGUGUUGAAAGCAAAUCCAGUCUUUGUAGUGCUAUAAUAUAAAUAUGCCAGAGUUAGUCCUAAGAAUGAUUAUCUAGGUCGUGAUUAUUUCGAUGUGAUGCUAUAAUAUUUUUUGUAUUAAGUGAUAAAACAUCAAUAAACACAUGUUAUUGUACAUGGCA